AUGGCCUCGGCGGCGGCGGUGGCCGAAGCGGAAGAGACCACCCGGCUGCGCAAGCCGCGCUUCUCCUUCGAGGAGAACCAGAUCCUGAUCCGGGAGGUGCGCGCCCACUACCCGCAGCUCUACGGCGCGCAGAGCCGUCGGGUGAGCGUGGCCGAGCGGCGGCGCGUGUGGGACGGCAUCGCGGCCAAGAUCAACGGCAUCACCAGCUGGAAGCGCACCGGCCAGGAGGUGCAGAAGCGCUGGAACGACUUCAAGCGCCGCACCAAGGAGAAGCUGGCCCGCGUGCCGCACUCCACGCAGGGCGCCGGGGCUGCAGCCGAGGACGCCUUCUCGGCCGAGGAGGAGACCAUUUUCGCCAUCCUCGGGCCGGGUGUGGCGGGGCCGGGGCCGGGGCCGGGGGCUGGGGCCGGGGCGGAGCAGCCCCCGGCGGCGGCGCCCCCCACGCAGCCGCUGGCCCCAGGUGCUUACACCCAACGCUGUGUGUUGUCCGAGGACCACCGCAGGGAAGACCGAGGGGCAGACCCACCAGCCCACAGCAAGGGGGGCUCCAGCAGCCCGGAGCCCUCAGCCCGGCCCUCCUGCAACCCCCCGGAGAGGGGCUGCCCGCCGCCGCCCAAGGAGCGUGAGUCCUCGCCCCCUCCGGCCCUGCAGACCGUCCAGCUGCCCCGUCUGGCCUUGUCUCCACCGCCCCCAGCCCCUCCGGCACCCCAGCCAUCGCAGCAGGUUCAAGGGGCACCCUCGCCCACCAGUCCUUCGCCCCCCUUCCUGCCUCUGCCUGUGCCCUCGGCCCCAGACCCCUCCCUGGACUUCCUGCGGGCGCAGCAGGAGACGGCCAACGCCAUCAGGGAGCUGGCUGGCACCCUGCGGCAGGGACUGACCAAACUGAGCGAGGCCCUCAGCGCCCUGCUGCCCCUUCUGCCCGGAACCCUAGCGGACCCACCGCCCCCACCUCCGCCCCCACCCCCCAAGCCUGUCCUGCCUCCACCUGCCCCCAAGGUGGAGGGCACCCCAGAGCCCGUGUCCGUGGUGGCUGCUGUCGUGGACCCGGCCAAGGUGGCAGCCAGGGGGGUGAUCGUCGCCCUUAGAAACGAGGAAGGGACCCCCCGGCCGCCCCCGACCCCUCCUCCUCCUCCUCCCCAUGACUCCCCCCCACACAAGAGGAGGAAAGGUUUUCCCACGCGGAAGAGGCGAGGGCGGUGGAAAUCUCCGUGA